CGCCCCCUUUUUGUCAUGAGUGUUCAGAUUUCUUGUUGUGUACGUGUGUGUGUGUGUGUGUGUGUGUGUGUGUGUGUGUGUGUGUGUGUGUGUGUGUGUGUGUGUGUGUGUGUGUGUGUGUGUGUGUGGGGAGAAGGUCCUAAGAGAGAGAGAGAGAGAGGGGUCCUAAGGGCAGGAAGUGGGCGUGCAAGCGUGCUAAUACUUUGUGUGGUCACAUUGAGUCCACUUCAAGUCUUGGAGAGUGGCACAGAUGGCUACCGCGAGCGACCCCGGCCGGCGGCGCUGAGCGUCCUCCGCCAUGGCCAAGCGAGAGGCCGGGAGCACCAGCCCGGUGGUGCGCCAGAUAGACAAGCAGUUUUUGGUGUGCAGCAUCUGUCUGGACCACUACCGCAACCCCAAAGUGCUGCCCUGCCUGCACACCUUCUGCGAAAGCUGCCUCCACAACUACAUUCCGCCGGAGUCUCUGACGCUCUCGUGUCCGGUGUGCCGGCAGACGUCCAUCCUCCCGGAGAAAGGAGUGUGCGCCCUGCAGAACAACUUCUUCAUCACCAACCUGAUGGAGGUCCUGCAGCGAGACCCGGAGUGUUCCAGACCGGAGGCCUGCAGCGUGCUGGAGUCGGUCAGCGCGGCGGCGGCGGGGAAACCUCUCAGCUGUCCAAACCACGAAGGAAAGGUGGGCGUGGCACUUUGACCCACCUGCCCGUCACCACGGUCCACUUUGUGUUCCCGCAGGUGAUGGAGUUCUACUGCCAGUCGUGUGAGACGGCCAUGUGUCUGGACUGUACGGAGGGGGAGCACCGCGACCACACCACCGUCCCUCUGCACCACGUCGUGGAGCAGCACAAGGCGGCGCUCAGAACGCAGCUGGACGCCAUUCACAGCAGACUGCCUCAGCUCACAGCCGCCAUCCAGCUGGUGAGUGAGAUCUCCCGCCUGCUGGCGGAGAGGAAGAACGAGGCGGUGGCGGAGAUAACGAGCACCUUCGAGGAGCUGCAGCGAUCCUUGGACCAGCGCAAGACGAGCCUCAUCGCAGACCUGGAGAACAUCUGCGGCACCAAGCAGAAGGUUCUGCAGGCCCAGCUGUCGUCUCUCCUGCAGGGCAGAGAUCACAUCCAGAGCAGCUGCAGCUUCACAGAGCAAGCUCUCAGCCACGGCACCGCCACUGAGGUAGGACCACCGGCUGACCGUGGACCACAACUACACUCCAAUACGGUGUGGGGGUGUCUUCAGGUUCUGUUAGUCCAGAAGCAAAUGAGCGAGCGCGUGACAGCGCUGGCGAGACACGACUUCCCGGAGCGACCGCAUCAGAACGCACACCUGGACUGUCAGGUGGAGACUGAAGGCCUGCGGCGCUCCAUCCAGAACCUCGGCGUCCUCCUCACCACGGCGGCGGUGGCUCACACCUCCGUCGCCACGGGGGAGGGUCUACGCCACGCCGCCACCGGGCAGCACCACAGCAUCACCGUGACGACCAAAGACAAAGACGGAGAACUGGUGAGGACGGGGAACGCCGUUUUAAAAGCCCACAUCGUGGCGACGGACGGCGGCCGCGCGGCCGAGCCGGACGUGACGGACAACAAGAACGGGACGUACGAGGUGAGCUACACGCUGCGCUCCGAGGGCGAGUACUCCUUCGCCCUGGCGCUCUACGGGCAGCCCGUACGCGGGAGCCCCUUCCGCCUGCGCGUGGUCAAGCCCUGCGACGUCACGCCCGCGCCCGACGACGUCAAGCGCCGCGUGAAGUCUCCCAGCGGCACCGGGGGCCACAUCAGACAGAAGGCGGUGCGGCGGCCCUCCAGCAUGUACAGCACCACCAAGAAGAAGGACAACCCCAUCGAGGACGAGCUCAUCUACAGAGUGGGGUCCCGGGGCCGAGAGAGGGGUGAGUUCACCAACCUCCAGGGCAUCUCGGCGUCCAGCGGUGGCAGAGUGGUGGUGGCUGACAGCAACAACCAGUGCAUACAGGUCUUCUCCAACGACGGCCAGUUCAAGAUGCGCUUCGGCGUGCGAGGCCGGUCGCCGGGGCAACUGCAGCGGCCCACGGGCGUCACCGUGGACCCCAACGGCGACAUCGUGGUGGCCGACUACGACAACCGCUGGGUCAGCAUCUUCUCCUCCGACGGCAAGUUCAAGAACAAGAUCGGGGCGGGGCGCCUCAUGGGUCCGAAGGGCGUGGCGGUGGACAAGAACGGACACAUCAUCACGGUGGACAACAAGGCCUGCUGCGUCUUCAUCUUCCAGUCCAACGGCAAGCUGGUCACCAAGUUCGGAGGGCGGGGGAUGACGGACAGACAGUUUGCAGACAAACUGGGCCCAAACCUAAAUAAGUCUGGCUCAGUUUUCAGUCCGCACUUUGUCGCCGUCAACAACAAGAACGAGAUCAUAGUGACGGACUUCCACAACCACUCGGUGAAGGUGUACAGCGCCGACGGAGAGUUCCUGUUCAAGUUCGGCUCUCACGGCGAAGGAAAUGGACAAUUCAACGCCCCCACGGGAGUGGCGGUGGACGCCAACGGAAACAUCAUCGUGGCCGACUGGGGAAACAGCAGAAUACAAGUGUUUGACAGCACAGGUUCCUUCCUGUCUUACAUCAACACUUCAGCGGACCCUCUGUACGGCCCACAAGGUCUCGCCCUCACGUCGGACGGUAACGUGGCCGUGGCCGACUCCGGCAACCACUGCUUCAAGGUGUACAGAUACCUGCAGUAGCCACACCCCGCUGCAGGGUGGCGCCCUUGCACCAGCGUGUGCGUGAAGGACAUCUUUUCAUCCUCUCCUCUCCCUCCAGGAUUUAACCUUUCUGCCUUUGCUCCUCCAUCUUGCUGCGUCAGCGUUUGUCAGACUCCUCCGUCACGUUUCUGAAGUACCGCCAUCUCGUACCACCUGCAGGCCAACUUGUGGAAUGACAUCAUUUGCCAAACACAGAUAAGCCCCGCCCCCUCCUGCCGGAAUGUUGUCAAAUAUUCUAUAUAAGUUUAGUUUGAAAAAGUAAUAUAUAUAUAUAUAUCAAUGUGAAUAUUUAUCAUUUAAUUGUGAUUCUUCCGGAAGUCAACAACAGCUAAUGACACCAAACAUGUGGGAGGAGCUUGUGUAGCCAAAACAUGACCUUCUCUGCUUUAAUAUUAAAGUGGUAAACUCUUAAGUGGAGUUUCUUUAC